UCGGCCCACUCUGUCUGAAGAGCUGGGUGCCUUCCAAUUGGCUGCGACUGUCAGUGGCUUGGUGUCCAUUGGUUACCGCUGGGGAAGCUGACUCCGCUUUUGCGUGGCAGUGUUGCAGAGAGAGGAGAGAGCGGUUCCCGCGCCGUGCGCUUGAGCUGACUUUACGUCCUCGGUUAACCUCAGCAGCAUCUUGCAUGGUGAUCAAAGGCUCCCAGAGUGACUAACCCAAGAGAAACCUGCAGAAGCUGCAUGGACUGUUCUUAACCUAGCUUCAAAAAUCACGCACAGUCACGUCUGCCACAUUCUUUUCUUCGAGGCAGCCACAAAGGUCCAACUGAGUUCAAGCAGAGGAGAUGUAGAGUCCACCUCUUGACGAGGAAAAAAAAAUGGAGAAUCUGUCUGACGCUGCUGCUUUUGCGACUGAACUUAAAAACACUCUCAUCCACUACCAUAGCAUUGAAGAUGAUAAGUGGCGAGUCGCUAAGGAAGUGAAAGAUGUAACAGUUUGGAAAAUACCUUCAGAAGAAUUUAGUGGAUAUCUCUACAAAGCCCAAGGUGUUAUAGAUGAUAUUGUCAAUAGCAUAAUAGACCAUAUACGCCCAGGGCCCUGUCGCUUGUAUUGGGACAGCUUAAUGACUUCAAUGGAUAUUUUGGAGCACUUUGAGGAGAAUUGCUGUGUGAUGCGUUAUACCACUGCUGGUCAGCUUUUCAAUAUAAUUUCCCCAAGAGAGUUUGUUGAUUUUUCCUAUACUGUGGGCUAUAAAGAAGGACUUUUAUCCUGUGGGGUAAGUCUUGACUGGAAUGAAAAGAGACCAGAAUUUGUUCGCGGAUAUAAUCAUCCUUGUGGUUGGUUCUGUGUUCCACUUAAAGACAGUCCAAACCAGAGUCUUUUGACAGGCUAUAUUCAGACAGAUCUGCGUGGGAUGAUUCCUCAGUCUGCAGUAGAUACAGCCAUGGCAGGCACUUUAACCAACUUCUAUGGUGAUUUACGAAAAGCCUUACAGAAGACAUAGUAUGUGCAAACCGCAGUAUCAUGGCCCCCUGAAUCAGCUCUUCCUCUCUUCUGCUUAGCCUGUAGAAAAACUGGAGAUGUUUUUGGUUUCAUAGUGCAAUAUUUAAUUUUAUUCCUAAAGUAAAUAGUUGUCUAAGAGAGGGUAUUUCAAUUUUAUUGAAUAGUUAUUUGCACAUUGUUUUGUAUGGCAUGUGUCUAGGAAUGGAGACUAUGCACUGAGAUCUACAAAGGAGUGAUAUAUUCCUCUGAUCCAGUUUCUUAAGAAAUUGAGUAGUGCCUCAGUAUGAAUAUUUUAGUUGCUUGGAAAUAUGGAGAAAGCACAAGCUUUAUGCUGUUCAAUUAAAAUCAUUUAUUUGAGAGCUUUAUGAAAAUUUUAUAACAUUUUAAUGUUUUUUGGAAGUCAAAUGUAAGUGCUUUACUUCUGGUGUGCUCUAUGAGUUUGGCAGUAGCUUGGACAAAAGAAAAAGUCCUCUAUUUUUUUUAUAAGGAAGAACUUCAUUAUCAGUUGACUUGUACAACUCAAAGUAUUGAAGAGCCAUAAAUAAGAAAAAAGUUAAAUAUCGUAAUAACUACAAAUACAAUUCAAAUGCAACUCAGUUUUGAUAUAUAGAUUGCAUUCUAUUGUGGAUAGCUUUAAAAACAUUUGUAUAAUUAUGAACAUUUAUUUUGGGAUUCUUGAGAACAUUUGUUCGUGAACAUGGCAGUGCAAAAAAUGGGCAAAUAUGUGCUGGAGAUGUCAUAUUGAAUUGGGCAGAAUUCUGCAUUCUUUGAAAUGGCUUGUGGUAUCAUAUAAUCACUAGUAGUCAUCUCUUUAGAAAGUCAAAUUCAGUGAAUGUUCUGUACAUUUCAGUUUUAAAGGUGUCACUCAGCAUUCACAGUUGUAAUGGAACUCUGGUCUGGAACCAUAACAAAUGUAUUCUUACAUUUAUCCAAAUGCCUAAACAAGUCAUUUUAUAAUAACUCGGGCUUGAUCCUGCUUUAGAUUCCUAACUGGAUUUACCUAAUUCUUUGGCUAUUGAACUAUCCACCUAAUUAACUUCUAAAAUGAGAACUUGAGGCAACUGUUUGUCUCUGCAAGUCUUCAUGUGUAUUUAUAUGUUUGUGUGCAUACACAUAUUUUAUUAUCCGUAAAGUGAGUUUUGGUGUUCAGUGUCAGGUUUUUUGUUUAGUUUUGUUUUUUGGUUACUAUGGGAUAAAGUGAGCCAGUGAGCCCUGGAAAUACUUAUGUGCUAGACAGUCUGCAAAAAGCCCAAAAGUGUAUUGUGGUUCCAAAGUGCAUGAAGGCUUGAUUGUGUUUUAGUUUAUUGUGUUUUCCUGAAUGUAAAGAAAGAAUGAGUCAUAGCUCUUCAGAUUCAUUUUGACAAAGUAGAGAGAGUAGAGCUGUUUUUUGUUUUUGUUUUUAUUUGUUUAGUUGUUACAGAGAUGAUGGUGUUCAAACACAAAAGAUGAUAGCAUCAUAAUAUCCAUGGUGAAUAGUAUUGUUCUAGUUUGCUAAUGCUGGAGAAUGCAAAACACCAGAGAUGGAUUGGCUUUUAUAAAACGGGGGUUUAUUUCGCUACACAGUUACAGUCUUAAGGCCACAAAGCAUCCAAGGUAACACC